CAAACUAAAAACACAGCAGCUCGUGGGCUGGUGCUGCUGACCUUUUCAGCAUGAACAGCCACAAUUCAACUUUCUGAGUUAAAUUACAUUUGCUAAACCAAACAGGAAGUGUGAUCUCUACAGGUGAGCCUGUAGAAGAACAAGGGCAGCAGUGCGCGGAGGUGACCGGCGUUAAACUGGUGAAAGGCGCUGUAUGAAGUCUAACUCCGGACUGAUGAGCUUCCUGAAACAGCAUGACAGCCCUGAGGACGAUCAGCUCCCGGUUUCUCCUCCUGCAGCGACCCUGCACGUGGAGCUGUCAGAAAGGGGCGCGAGCGACCUGUAGACUCCCGUAUACACCUGAUCGUGCACAUGCGACCAGCGCCUUUCAGCGGCAGAGAGGGGGAGCCAGCCUGCAGACCAGGGCAUUGGGGAUCUCUGCGUGCAGGCUGAAGAGCACAGAUGACCUCAGCAGCAGCAGCAGCAGCGGGUUUAGUGAGGAGGAGGAGGAUUUCCUGGAGGACAGUGAGGUGGAGGAGCUGUUCCAGCAGCAGGUUCCUGCAGGCAUCGGAGAGGGGCAGCACAGGGUGUUCAUUAUCCACCCUGAUGUAAAAUGGGGAAGCAGGAAGCAGCAUCUGACUACAGCUGAUCUGAUGAUGGCCGAGGCUGAGGGGCUCGUGAACACCUUGGAGAACUGGACUGUGGUGGACAAGAUGAUCCUCUCCACCAAGACACCAGAGAAGAAGAGGAUAUUUGGCAAAGGGAACUUCCAGACUCUCACAGACAGAAUCAGGCAAACAGCAGGAGUCACUGCUGUGUUUGUGAAUGUUGAGCGUCUGUCUCCUUUGUCUGAGAGGGAGUUUGAGGAAGUCUGGGGGUUCAAAGUCUUUGACAGAUACUCAGUAGUCCUCCACAUUUUCCGCUGCAACGCCAGAACCAAAGAGGCCAAGCUGCAGAUCUCACUGGCGGAGAUCCCCCUGUUAAGAUCUCGUCUGAAAAACGAAAUGGCAAACUUGGAUCAGCAGGGCGGAGGAUCGAGAUACAUCGGUGGUUCAGGUGAGACGCUGUACGAGGUCCAACACAGGCUGCUGAAGGAGCGGGAGAUGAAGAUCCGCUCAGCACUGGAAAAACUUCGGAAAAAGAGGCACCUCCUGCGAGCUCAGCGUAAACACAGGGAGUUCCCCAUUGUCUCUGUGUUAGGAUAUACUAACUGUGGAAAAACAACUUUGAUCAAAGCUCUGACGGGCGACAGCGGCCUCCAGCCCAGAAACCAGCUUUUCGCCACCUUAGAUGUAACCGUCCAUGCCGGCCAGCUGCCCAGCCACCUGACUGUUCUGUAUGUGGACACCAUCGGCUUCCUCUCCCAGCUGCCCCAUCAGCUCAUCGAUUCCUUCUCUGCCACCCUGGAAGAUAUUAAACACUCAGAUCUUCUGAUUCAUGUCAGAGACAUCAGUCAUCCAGAGACGGUCAAUCAGAAGGUGAAUGUACUGAAUGUGCUGAAGAAUCUGCAAAUCCCCGACAGGCUGAUGAACUCAAUGAUAGAGGUCCACAAUAAAACUGACCUCGUUGACAAUUAUCAGUCUGCAGAGCCCACAGCUCUGCCUAUAUCAGCCCUGGAGGAGAGAGGCCUGGAAGAGCUGAAGAAAGCAAUGGAAGAGGAGCUCUUAAAGUCUACGGGGAAACAAAUUUUAGAUCUCAAAGUUAACCUCAGCUCUCCUCAGUUAAGCUGGCUGUACAAAGAGGCCACCGUUCAGGAUGUGCAGGUGAAUGCAGAUGAAGGCUCGGCCGUUGUCAAGGUCAUCAUCAGCGCCGCUGCUCAUGGGCGCUACAAGAAGCUGUUUGGAGGCAGAUGAGAGAGGACGAGGGGUGGAAAAGGACU